AUGCCGCUGCUGUUUUCUAGAGCUGCUGCUGCAGCAGCGUCGGCAGCAGCAGCAACAACGGCAGCAGCAGCAGCAGCAGCAGCGCAGCGCUGCCUCAGGGCAAACGAUAUUAAGAAGAUCGGCCUGGUGGAAAGGAGACAAGGAGAAGGCCAAGGUGGUGAAGAGACAGGCGGAUAUGCUGCGCAACUUCGCCACCAAAUUGCCCCCCGAAACAAGAGACAAAUAUGCGAGCUGGAGCCGCGCGUGGGGCUGAAGAGCAGCAGCAGCCCGCGAGAAGACGAAGUCUGCGGCCUUUUUGUUGCCAAUGAACACACUGCUGUUAAUUACAUUUCCUUGGCAGAAGCUUUCGUCAGCGCAGCAAAAGAAGCAGCAGCAGGAAAGCAACUGGACUUCUCCUUGGGAACUGAAGUGCUGGAGAUAAAAAGAGAAGACAAAAAUUUGUUUUCUUUAAUUACUGACAAGGGCAUUAAAAAGGCCCGUUUUGUGGUGGUGAGUGCCUGCGGGCACUCUUUGCUCUUUGCGCAGCGCCUCGGCUACGGCCGCGAGUUUUCCUGCCUCCCAGUCGCUGGCUCUUUCUACUUCGCUGACACUAUGCUGAACGGGAAAGUGUACACAGUGCAGGACCCGCGGCUGCCGUUUGCUGCAGUGCACGGCGACCCGGACAUUUUGCUGCAGGGGAAGACGCGGUUCGGCCCCACAGCUUUGCCGCUGCCGCUUUUGGAAAGAAAUAAUUUAAAAACAUUUUUUGAUUUUGCAAAGUGCGUGAAGCCCGACUGGCGGCUCGCUCAGGUGUACGUACAGCUCCUCAACACCGCCUACAUGCGCGCCUACGUCUUCAAGAACUUCCUCUUCGAAGUCCCCAAACUCAACCUCCACCUCUUCGCCAACGACUUGAGAAAAAUAAUUCCUUCAAUCCAAGUUGAAGACUUAACUUACGCAAAAGGCUUUGGGGGCAUUCGCCCGCAGCUGAUAAACAAAGUGGAGAAGAAACUGCUGCUGGGCGAAGGCAAAAUUGUGACAGGAGAAAACAUAAUUUUCAACAUUACGCCUUCGCCGGGGGGCACGACUUGCCUGGGCACUGCGGAGACGGACAUGCGGGAAAUAGCGCGGGAGCUGCAGGCGAGGAUUGACGAGGAGAAGUUCAAAAAGAUUCUUUUGCAAGGAGAGUAUCCCGUUGGCAAUUAG